UGGCGUGAAGCAAUACAAAAAAAGCGAUCUUUCAUUUGGAUUUACUUUACCGGAGAUGCAACAGCACCGACUCCGUUGUCCUUGCUAUGUGGUGAAAAGCUCUCCAACAGCGCUGUGGGCCCAACAGGUACGUAACGUGCUGGCCCCUCCCCUCCCGGACACGUUGCCCGGGGAGAGGCUCCACGGGCUAGACGGAAGCCUCCCGCCCUGCCCGCCCGACGCUGCCGGCCCGUCAGAGUCAGUCUGCUGCUCUCAUGCUGCUCUUUCCACCAGACUGUCCGUCCGCACCACACCACCAGGCGGAGGGAAACACUCGCUUGACUCCUGACUCUGAUAACUUCACUGACUGGUUCGUCCCUGAUGAAAACAGCGGGGCCUGCCUCAAGAGAUUCACUCCUCCGCAUGCAGAGGCCCCAGCGGUGCAGAUGAUUGCGUCAUCGUCCUCAGCUACUACUUUGAAGGAAUCUCCUACCACCCUAUUUCACUCUGGUGCCUUCUGGAGGACGAAGAGGAGAAGUGUCUGCUCCAACUGUGAUGAUGGAGAUUACUGUGUGUCCCCUGCAAACUGUACAAUUCCCCAGGAGACCCUCAUGGUAUUUUCAGUUAAGGGAGAUAGCCCAGGUUGCAAGCAAGGGCCAUCUUGUGUAUCGCCGAAGCGCCUUUCAAUCAGGAAGAGAACUUUAGAUGGACAUGGCGCUCAUCCUCAACCGGACACUCAAAGUGAGCUUUUCUCACUCAAGUGCAUGGAGUUGCAGUGCUACAUCCAGCCUCUGUCAUCCAUCCUACGAGGUUUGAGAUCUGGCAGGUACUCUGCACGUCUCAGCAGUUUCCAAGAGAGCGUCGCAAUUGACCGUAUCCAGAGAAUAAUGGGGGUCCUUCAAAAUCCGAACUUGGGGGGACACUGACUCAGCAUCAUCAUGAAAAUAGAGGAGAUGCUUCGAAGUUGGUUCCCUCGCAUCGGACCAAAUCAGACUCAUGACAGCCCACCUGCGAAGAAGCAAAAGGCUCACGGCAGUGCUCCCUGGUCCCCAGCAUCCGUUUGCUCUUCAGACGGGGCCUUGGUCACCUCCGACUCAUCCAACCAUGUCAGACGGCUGCACACUUCACCCGUCUGCUCCCUAGAACAGUCCCAGUCGACACUUGGCCCUCAAAGCCCGAGCCAGGUCGUCACCCAGGACAACUUUGUCUCUUCCACUACUGACUGUCCGCCGUUGCCCCCACGCCACACCAGAGGUCGUCAGCGUCGUCUCCCUCGGGGGCCGCUGUCUUUCAAGAUCAGCUCGCCGUGUCUGGAAAGACUACUGAAGGCCAAGAAGAGCAUCCUCACUUCCAGAAGAGAUGACGAGAAGGCCGGUUGCCAUGGAUACUUGCAUGACUCGGACACGUGAUGCGCUGCAAUGUGACAUCCUAAAACAGCUGUAGGAGUUCAUUAAAGAAGCAACCAAGUCAAUCUCAACAAGUCAAACCCUCCUCCCUAUUAUUAUGGGAGGAGGGAACAUAAUCACACAGUACAGUACGUAACAUGAAGCCAAUGCAGAAGUGCCUUAAACCUGCAUUCUCUCUUAUGACCACAAGAGGGCUGGUUAUAGAAAUAAACCUCCGUUUCCAUUGAUGGCCUAAUUGUAAGUUAUCGGGUACUUGCGGAGGCUGCCGAGACCAGCCACUGAUACAGGCAAAGAAAUCUAACAUUGAAUAAGUACUCCUCAGCAGUAGUUGGCGCUAUACUGCGACAGUUUUGGCACGUCAGCGACUCAGCACCUUUUGUUCACAUUUAGUGUUGUCAUUGUGCUGAACGACAUUUUAUAUGUUACAAUACCGUACCUCUGUGUGGUCAUCGUCAAGAGCUACUUUAUAAUUUUCAGUGUUUACACGGUGAUGAUAAAAGCAGGCCUUGAACGCGGAUCAAUCUGAAAUGGUCAUUCUGAAAUAUACACAGUUAUUGAUAAUAUACUGUAAAUGUCACAAUGGAAUGUUGAGUUGCUUCUAUAGUUGAAUUCUGAGUGGCUUGGGAAGGCGUUAGGAUGUCAGUCAGCAGCCUCUCGUUGGCCAUCCAGCCAUCAACAUACUGACACGGCCUUAAGAAAAACAAUUGUUCACUGCAAAUGCAACGUGUCUCCAAAUGUUGUUUCUUGAAUCAGAAAAACAACAAAAUGUUUUUCUUGGUGUUACAGAUAAAAAGAAAAAAAAAGAUGGA